CUCCCAUGGUCCCACUCCCCGCCAAAUGUUACCUUGCAAACCCUCCCCAUGUCUUCGUGGAACUUUCUUUCGACACCAUCAAACCCCUCCAUGGGAAUUGAACGACCAGGCAAACUGAGCCUGGAGACAGCCACGGACACUUGCGCUCUUGCUUGCAAUUUGACUUCAGCCACCGGCCGCAGCAGCUGAAGGGAACCAAUCCCCGCGCCCCGUCGUAUUCGCCCGGCUGCCUUAUCUUCAGCUUUGGGCUGCAGCUCCAGGACACUGCAAGGAGAAAAGAAAUGUGCCGCCAGUCGAGGGGGACGGCGGAAAUGCCCUCGACUGCCUUCCCAUCUGAAGUUCAUCUUUCUUCUGCAAGUGCGCACCUUUCCCCAAACUAAGGCACUUUAUUCAACCAUGGCCACUGCGGAUGGUGCACGACCCGACGAUUACCCCCACCUAUCCCGUCCCUGCCGGUCAAUGGAAACCCAAUAUGACGUGGUCGUUGUUGGAUCUGGGUAUGGAGCCGGCGUCGCGGCGAGUCGAAUGGCUCGAGCUGGCAAGAGCGUGGCCGUGCUAGAACUUGGUUGGGAGAGACGACCCGGCUCGUUCCCGUGUUCUCUGUGGCAAUGUUCGAGGGAACUCAGCAUCUCGGGGACCUCGCGAUGGCUCGUUACCGACAAACGCACUCGCCUGUUCCAGCUGAUCCUAGGAGAUGGACAGCACGCUCUGGUCGCUCGUGCACUAGGUGGCUGCUCGCUUAUCAAUGCCGGAGUUUUCCUGGAAGCCGAUCAACAGACCUUACAGAUGAGCCCAUGGCCCCCGGAGAUCCGGAAAGAAGCCUCCGCCCUGCAGGCUUACUACUCACGGGCGGCAGAAAUGCUGCAGCCUUCCCCGUACCCAGAGAACCACCCACCGCUGGCCAAAUUGGACACCAUUCAGAAACAAGCAGGAUGGCUGGGGAAGGCACAAACUUUCUACCGUGCCCCCCUCACAACUUUCUUUCGUCGCGGUCGCAAUCACGUUGGUGUGAUGAUGCAAGGAAAUGGCGGAUCGGGAAAUGAGAGUACCGGUCUGAAUGACGGAUCUAAGAACUCGGUUCCUACCACAUACCUCACAGAUGCUUGGAACUGGGGCGCUGAGAUUUUUUGCGGAUGCGAGGUCCGGUACAUCGAGCAGGCACCGGAGAAAGGCUACGUGGUAUACUUUGCCUGGCAUGGGAGGGGGAGGUCAGCGUUUGCUGAAGACGUCAAAACCCAGUUGUUUUGGGUGAAAGCAAACGAUUUAUGCUUUCUUGGGGCCGGUGCGUUAGGGACAACAGAGAUUCUGCUUCGUUCGAGGGAGUACGGCCUCCCAGUCUCACCAAUGAUUGGAAGAAAUGUGUCUGGAAACGGGGACAUCUUGGUUUUCGGAUACAACGGUGAUGUCAAGGCCAACGGUAUCUCAGGACCAUCCAGCUCUGGAAGCCGACCGGGUCCAACAAUCACCGGAGUGGUGGAUCGUAGAGGGGGGAGCUCAAAGGAUGCUCUUGCCGGUCAUGUCAUUGAAGACGGGUGCAUCCCGAGGCCAUUAAGUCCCUUCUUCCGAGUCACUCUCAUGCUGCAAACAAUGCGGUAUCCAACUGCCUUAUCGCUUUCGGGUGCCGUAUCUCAGUGUUGGAAGGCCAUCUACAGUCUUAAAUCUCGGAUCUUGAACCCGUCUGUUGGAGAUGCUUUGCAACGCACAUCGACCUAUUUAGUUAUGUCACACGAUAGUAAUGAGCUCACCCUCGUGCUGAAGAAUGAUCAGUUAAUUCUGAGUGGUCCUGGAGAGGGGCGGUCAGAGAAUUGUACCAACCUCAGAAACAUGCUGGGUAACAUGGUCAGCCGCGCAGGAGGAAAGAUUGGCUGUUUGCCUAUGUUGUCUGGUUCUCAGAAGGAAGAGGUCACCGUCCAUCCGCUCGGAGGAGCUAAUAUGAGCAGAGACGGUACAGGUCGUGAAGGUGUCACAAACCACAUGGGCCAGGUGUAUACGGGACAUGGAAGUGAGAAGCAUGAGGGUCUCGUGUGCUGCGACGGCUCUGUUGUCCCAGCUGCAUUGGGCGUAAAUCCUCUUGCAACGAUAACUGCCCUUGCUGAGCGAUCGGUGGAUCUGAUUGCCAAGAAGCGUCGAUUUACUACCGACAUGACAACUUCAAAUGGGAGCCUUGAUGCCUGCUCAAAACCAAGGGUAUCACGACAUCGUGAGAACGGCAUCGACAAGUCAUUAUCGCCAAUCGGGUGGCAGUUUUCUGAGAUCCUCGAAGGCCAUAUAAACACACAGCCAAAUGAUCUAGACUUUAUAGCAUGCGAGACCCUGGGAAAGGGCUCAUCGUCAGUGAUGCGGAUGUUUCUCACCAUUGAGAUCUGUUGGAGAACAGAUACGUUUGGACUGCAAUACGAGGGAGUGUGUACCGGAACCGUGUCUUGUAGUGCACUAUCUCGAGGUCCGAUGAGAGUCGUAGAUGGCAAGAUUCGGUUCUUUGUGCAACCAGAAGAGCAGGCGGAUUCUACAACGCUCACAUAUUCUUUACAGCUAUUCUCACUGGAGAAUGUGCGAUACCAUGCGGAUGGUUACAAGCAGAUUGAUUCAGAAUCAUCCUUUUCUGUCAGCCGUAUAUGGGAAGCCACAACUAAGCUCAACGUCCGCAUCACUCGAGAUGGUGCGAGAGUGGGAGCCGGUGUUCUCCACAUUUCAUGGCCCUCGUUCAACCGGCAGAUAACGACUUUUCGGCCAACAGGAUCCUUCAGACUGGGUCUUCUUGCGCUGAUCAUCUUCCUCAGUUAUUUCGCUCUCCAGUUAGCUUUCGUCUUCUUUCGUCUCCUCUCCCCGGCCCGGAAGACCAACCGCUUCUCUUCUAUCGGCCCAAAAAAGCGACCAUCAGUCACCCACCUACUGAGAACGAAGGAUGAUGUCACCGUGCGCCUGGAAGAAUACGAGCCGCUGCCGAUGGACAAAGGCUUCAUGAGUCAAGGCCUUGGUCCUCAGCCAAUCUUACUACUUCCCGGAGUUACUGGUAAUGCCGCACAUAGUACCUUUGCGUUACCGUACCUACGAUGCAACAUGGUUGAGUAUUUCACCGCACGGGGAUGCUGCUGUUUCGUCUUGUCACCUCGCUGGGGCGGUGAUUCCAGCGUAGCAGCCGGGUGCACGGUUUUUGACUGCCGUCUAGACAUCGCAGCUGCAUUGCAACACAUUCUCCACCACCAAAGACAAAAACCGUAUGUGGUAGCCCACUGUCAAGGGUCUGUGGCUCUCGCUAUGGGUCUGCUUGACGACACCAUUGACCGGACCCAGCUACUCGGUAUCACAGCGAACUCCGUGUUCAUGAACCAGGUCCUUGCUUACUGGAACUCUGUCAAGGCGGCCACCACACUUCUGAUCCGUAUAUACGAGUUUAUCUCGGGAACAUACUAUCCUAUCGGCAGCCGUGAUGACAAUGGUCUUUUUCAAAAAGUGCUCGACGUACUGCUGCGGUUCUACCCGGUAGAAAACCGGCGAGACAUAUGCACAUCCAAACUUUGCCAUCGAACCACAUUUGCAUUCGGGCUGUGCUGGAAUCACCAAAAUCUUGAUACCAAUAUCCAUGAUAAUGUGGGACAAUUCUUUGGAGAUACUCAUACGAAGAUCCUCGAACAUGUAACGCGCAUGGGAACUCAUGGGGCGUGCUUAGACAACGAGCUCAAUCCUCUUCUCACGGAGAAAAAUAUUCUUUACUUGGAGGGUCUGCCAAUUUUGUUUAUUUCUGGAACGUUCAACGAGGUCUUCAAGCCUGAGUCCACUCUCCGAGAUUACGAGAUGUUACGCCGUCGGUUUGGGGAGCAUCUCUAUCGCCGGUUCCUCGCAGAAGGGUAUGGACACCUGGAUCUUAUCAUAGGGAAGAAUGCUGCGAGAGAUGUCUAUUGGAAGGUGUUUGAGCAUGUCAAGUGGUGUGUGCAGAAUAGUAGAGACGUGAAGGGUUGAUGGUUGAUGGUUCUGAUGAGGAUGGCAAUUUGCUGGAAUGGACUAGUAACCAUUAUUGAUCAAUGUAAGACAUGUUAUAGUAGAUUCGC